CCAGAAAUGGCAAUCCGCACCCUUGCCCCCGCAAAAUAGCCACGCCGAGGAAUUGCUGUCUUGUUGGAGCCUGGCCUCGGUCCCACUGUUGGCUACGGUCUCUUGAGGACCAGUGUCAGAGCACUUUUUACAUUUAUACUCUGAUUUUAUUUCACAAAUAAGAGAAAAGCAAGGGCCUCUGUGACUUAUCUCCAGCUCCUCCACUGCAGAGAACAGAGAGGCUUGGUGACUUGCGCAGAGGCACACAGCCCACAUGGAGCAGGUUUCCGUCUGUGGGAGCUGGCCGUGGGGAGGCCGAUGGUGGCUUUAUUUUUUAUUUUUUCUCUUUUUGGUAGCUGGUCAGUACGGAAAACUGAACCCUUGACCUUGGUAUUACAAAGCUGUGCUCUAACGAUGAUGGCUUUAGCAGACCAGAAGAGUAGGCCAGGGUUAGGGUAAGGUGACUUGAGAGUGAGCCCCCAGAUCACACAGUUCUGGGGUCCAGUCCUACUCUUUUUCCCUCAGAAAAGAAAUGUCUGAAGUCAGACGUCUCUACGGUGACCUCUUUCUUGAGUCCCUCCUGUAUGAGCCAGGCCCGGACCUUCCAACUAUGGAGAUCCCUGUCAUGACUGAUCCCCCGGAGGAGCACUUUCACGCCCUGGAGGAGGACUUCGACCCCCUGGAGGACUUUGAUAUCAUGACGUGCAUUGAGGGCAGAGACCAGGUGGCCCUGCGGCUGGCCUGCAUCGGGGACGAGAUGGACCUACGCCUCAGGAGCCCGCGCUUGGCCCAGCUGCCUGGGAUGGCCAUGAACAGCCUGGCUCUGGCUCUCACCUACAACCAGACAGGCGUCAGGGGUGUUCUUGGAAGUCUUGUUGACAGUCUCAGCGACCUCAGAGAGAACAUAAGAAGGUUCUGGAGAUCCCAGACCCCCAGGACCUGGGUGCUGCUGCCUGGGCUGCUGCUGCUGCUGCUGCUGCUGCUGCUCCUGCCCCAGUGAGGCCUGCGGGCGGGUGGCGGGGCGGGGCUGGUCCCUGCCCCUUGGCCACCGCCCUGGAGGGGCAGGCGGCCUUGUUGGUUUUGUUGUCUUUUUAACUGGUGUUUCCUGAAGAUCCCUUUUUUUAUAUUUAAACUCUAAGAUAGUGCUGGGACACUGCAGAGUUUUCGUUGUUGUUGGGUUUUGUUGAGUUUUGUUUUUUGUAAGACAAAUGAAAUCAUUAUACCUCUGGGGUUGUUACUGGUUAACUGCCCUGUUCGGAGGCCCGGCUGGCCUGCUCUCCUUCUGCCCCUGGCCAUGCUGUGAGACGGCCUGUCCCUGAGAAGGAGCCUUCCUGUGGGUUGGUCACAUGGCAGGCAGCGGGGGGAGUGCUGGUCACACCCCUGUGUCUGAUGCCCGUGGCAGAGAAUCUACUGGAAUAGAUUUCUGAGGGGUGGACAGAGCUCAAUAAAUGUUGGUUUCCA